AUGGGCGACACCCACCACCACCACCACCCCCAAGCAACGACGUCGUCCAGACUGGGGAUAAGGCCGUCUUCGGGGCUCAGCGCCGACAUCGUGGAGGUGGUUCGAGGCAGCCACAUUGUCCGGUCCACGGGUCGAAAAGACCGGCACAGCAAGGUCUGCACUGCAAAAGGCCCAAGAGACCGCCGCGUCCGGCUCGCUGCUCACACCGCCAUUCAAUUCUACGACGUCCAGGACCGCCUCGGCUACGACCGGCCCAGCAAGGCCGUCGAUUGGCUCAUCAAGAAGGCCAAAGCCGCAAUAGACGAGCUCGACGAGCUUCCCUCAUGGAACCCACAUUCAGUUUCGACCACAACAGCGUCUACGGCGGUUACAGCCAUGGAGACCCAGAACCCAACAACCACUGGCUUCCACUGCUUUGCGGCGGUGGACGCAAUUGGUUCUGCUAAUCGAAGAGCAACAAUGGUGGGGAGUGGAGUUUCAGAGCAAAUUGUUCAAAAUCAAAACCCACUUACCAACUCGACUUUACUCCCACCAUCGCUGGACUCUGACGCCAUUGCAGACACUAUCAAGUCCUUCUUCCCAAUGGGUGCUUCUGCAGGUGCAGCCGAGGCUCCAUCGUCGACGAUACAGUUUCAGAACUACCCACCAGAUUUACUGUCCAGAACAAGUAGCCAGAGCCAAGAUCUACGCCUUUCUCUGCAUUCUUUCCAAGACCCAAUUCUUCUGCAGCAUCAACAAGCUCAAGCUCAGCACCACCAGGCUCAAACCCAUCAAAAUGAGCAAACCCUCUUCUCGGGAACACAGCAACAAAACCCACUUGGGUUUGAUGGGUGGACAGAGCAUCAUCACCAGCAGCAGCAAGCAGAGAUGAACAGAUUUCAGAGAAUGGUAGCUUGGAAUAGUGCUGGUGGUGGAGAUACUGGUAAUGGUGGUGGAUCGUCAUCAUCAGCUGGGUUUGCAUUCAACUCGCUGCUCCCAACGCAACAGAGUACUAGUUCUCUGCAGCCAUCGCUGUUUGGCCAAGGCCACUUCUUUUCUUCACAGAGGGGACCCCUUCAGUCCAGUAACUCGCCUUCAGUUCGUGCUUGGAUGAUGGACCAACAAAACCAACAAUCGAUUUCUCAUGACCAUCAUCAUCAUCAUCAAAUCUCGCCAACCAUUCAUCAUCAUCAUCAGUCUUCGUCUUCCAUUUCCAACAUGGGAUUCGCCUCAGGAGGCGGAUUCUCCGGCUUCCACAUCCCGGCACGAAUUCACGGCGAGGAGGAACACGACGGCAUCUCCGACAAGCCGUCCUCUGCUUCCUCCAAUUCUCGCCAUUGA